UGCAGGGGAGAGAGACAGAGAAAGACGGUGGUUAGCACUCUUAAAUAAUUAAUACUCUAGCACUGAAUACAGAGACAGACUGAAAUAGCAGCUUUGUGUACGUUCAGUAUAUGUGUAGGAGUCGAGAGGUACAUGUGACUGACACAGUUUGUCAGAUCUGGAAAGUGAAAGUUAAUUUGAUCAGACGUGGAAUUUAGGAGGAUAUGGCGUCCAACUCAGAGGAGGACUACUGCUGUCCUGUGUGCUGUGAUAUCUACAAGGAUCCUGUAGUCCUGUCCUGUAGUCACAGCAUGUGUAAAGCCUGUCUGCAGCAGUUCUGGAAAUCCAAAGGAUCCAAAGAGUGUCCGGUCUGCAGGAGAAAAUCUUCAAAGGACCCCCCGCCCCCUAAUCUGGCUCUCAGGAACCUCUGUGAGGCGUUCCUACAGGAGAGAAGUUCGAGAGCUGCAGCAGAACCUGAGAUGCUCUGCAGUCAGCACGGUGAGAAACUCAAGAUCUUCUGUCUGGAGGAUCAGCAGCCUCUGUGUUGGGUCUGUCAGACCUCGAAGAAGCAUAACAACCACACCGUCAGGCCCAUAGAGGAGGCAGCACAGGACUGUAAGGAGGAGCUCAAGAUCAAACUGCAGCCCUUACAGAAUAAGCUGAAGACCUUUGAAGAGGUUAAACUCGUCUGUGACCAAACAGCAGCACAUAUUAAGACACAAGCCCAACACACAGAGAGGCAAAUCAAGGAGGUGUUUGAGAAGCUUCACCACUUUCUACAUGAUGAAGAGGCAGCCAGGAUAGCUGCACUAAGGGAGGAAGAGGAGCAGAAGAGUCAGAUGAUGAAGAAGAAGAUUGAGAAGAUCAGCAGAGAUAUCUCAUCUCUUUCAGACACCAUCAGAGCCAUAAGAAAGGAGAUGGAAGCGGAUGACAUCACAUUCCUGCAGAACUACAAGAGCACAGUGGAAAGAGCCCAGUGCACAUUACAGGAUCCAGAGAGGGUUUCAGGAGCUCCGAUCGACAUGUCGAAACACCUUACCAACCUGUUCACACUCUGGGAGAAGAUAAAGGAGAUUGCUCAAUGCAGUCAAGACGAAGUGACCGGUGCUUUACGCAUUGUCCUGCUUGGGAAGGGUGCACAGGGGCAGAGUGCCACUGGAAACACCAUACUUGGGGGUCCUAAGUUUAAAUCCCGUCCAUCAUUUAAGGCAAUCACAACUGUGUGUCAGAAGGAGACUGCUACUGUCAACGGAAGACAGAUUACUGUGAUUGACACCCCAGGUUUGUAUGAUGCAGUCUUUAGUCAUGAAGAAACUAAGAAAGAGAUUGCAAAAUGCAUCGGCAUGGCAGCACCAGGUCCACAUGUGUUCCUUCUGGUCAUGUCUAUAGGGCGCUUCACUCAGGAGGAUAGAGAAUCUGUGGAGAUUUUACAAGAGAUGUUUGGAGACAAGUACACAGUAGUGUUAUUCACAAGAGGAGAUGAGUUAGAGAUGGAUGGAUAUACUCUUGAUAAGUAUAUUGAAGAUAUUUCAGAUUUAAAAGCUCUUGUUCAGAAAUAUGGAAAUAGAUACCAUGUGUUCAACAACAGAGACAAAAGCAAUAAUGACCAGGUUCUCAAACUGCUGGAUAUGAUAGACGCCAUGCUGAAGGUGAAUGGGGGUAAAUAUUACACCAGUGAAAUGUUCCAGAAAGCAAAAGAGGCCUCAAGCAGAAAGAGGAGAUAAAGGAGAUGAAUGAGAUGAAGCAGCCAAGAGGAGGAGAGAGGAAGUAGAGAGGAGGAAAUUAAUGCAAUGAAGAAAAAAGAGGCAAUGAAGAAGUUAGAAGAGGAAAAGAAACGUAAACGCAGCUCAAUGGAAGUCCAAAAGAAGCAGAAUUAGUUAAGGGAAUAACAUAGUUUACUGUAAUAUGAAAAAACGGUGGAGUGUUCCUGUUAGUUAAAUUUCUAUGACAAAAGUGAAUAUGUAGACUAAACAUGUUGUCUUCUUUCUGAAGACUCUGUUCUCUCAGUUGUCAGAUCAUCAUCUUUUGCAACUUUUGUGAGGCUUGGUGUUUGGAAAAAGUUUGUGACCUGUGUUUUUAAUUUUUGAUAAAAAUCCAAUAUGGCGGAAGAAAGACGAAGGGCAUUGUGAGACCGGGUCGGGCAUUGACACCAUCUUCACGAUCAAUGUACACUGGUUCAAGCCGGACGUUUCAGAGUUGGAACUUGUUUAAAGCUCUUAAAAGCUCUAGGACCAACAGUUGACCCGAAAAAAAAGGUGAAAAGGAAUAAUAGGGAACUUACUGUAAGAAUAGUGUACUAUGCAUUUUAUCACAGCAGUCAAAUUAUACAACUAUACAUUUGUAACAAUUAAGAGAUAGGCCUCAGGGGUCAAAGUGUGCCGUUUUUUGCAGUCUAAUGACCUUUGUGACAUCACAAACGGUAAUGUGUGUUAACUGAUGUGGUAACAAUAAUGUGUCACAUGGCUGUGUUACUCAUGAUGUGUAAUGUGAUUAUAGUAAGAAUUUAUGAGUUAGAUCCAGCUAGA